CAAGGUAUGGUCGUAUUGUCUUCGAUUUUCAACAGGAGGCAGUUCUGACAACUCUGACAGAACUAUUUAAGCAAUUAAGCAGGAAAAAGAUUAUCAAUUGUCAACAUGUCACGAACAGGAACGAAACUCGAUGCAAAGAAAGUGAACUCUGAACUGUUCACCCUAACUUACGGUUCAAUUGUGGCUCAGUUGCUCCAGGACUAUGAAAACAUGGAGGAUGUUAACAAGCAAUUGGAAAGAAUGGGUUAUAACAUUGGAAUACGACUGAUAGAGGAUUUUCUUGCAAGGACUGGCUCUGGUCGAUGCUAUGAUUUCAGGGAUACGGCAGAGAAGAUUCAGAGUGGCUUUAAGAUAUUCCUAGGCAUAACGCCAUCGAUUACGAAUUGGAGCCCGGCCGGUGACGAAUUCUCUCUGUGCUUCGAAACAAAUCCACUAACGGAAUUCGUAGAAUUACCAGAUAAUUAUUCGAAUCUUAAGUACUGUAAUAUAUUGCCUGGCGUACUCAGAGGAGCCUGUGAAAUGGUACAAAUGGAAAUCGCCUGCUGGUUUAUUCAGGAUCAGCUUAAAAACGACAAUUUGACCGAACUGCGGGUGAAAUUUGUUAAAAGGUUAGAAGAUGCAAUACCAGCGGGCGAAGAUUGAAUGUAUCCAUUAUCUAAAUAUGUGCAAACGAUAUCUGUGAUAUCGUAUAUAUCGUUCUAAUCAUUAAAAU